AUGAUUAUACCAUGUCAUGGUGUAGCAGAAAUGAUGCAAAUUUCUCCUGAUGGAAAGUUCCUUGCCGCCACUUUUAGCAAUGGCAAUAUACACUUAUGGGAUAUUCAGAGUGGUGAGAUCAAGUGGACAUCUACCGGCCACAGUAUGACUGUCAAAUCUUUGAGAUUCUCACCUAAUGGAACUAUGCUUGUCUCAAGCUCCAGGGAUUGUACUGUGCGGGUGUGGAGUGUCUUGGAUGGGACUGAGACUAUACAGCCAUGCAAGCACCACAGGCGUUAUGUUAGCUCAGCUACUUUCCUGUCCAAUGAAAGUGUGAUCUAUAUAUCCUGGGGCCAUGACAAAGGCAGUGAUAUUUGCAUAUGGGAUCUUUAUUCUGAUGAAGUGACAAAAAAAGUCAAGAAUGUACUAGAUUUGUACAUAGGGCAUACAAAACCAAUUUAUUCCAUCUCUUUUGCACCUGAUGAAACAAGAGUUGUAUCUGCUUCUUAUGAUGACACAAUUCGCAUUUGGGAUGUAGGAAGUGAUAAGGACUCAUUGUCAUUGACAUCAGGAUAUAGUGGCAGUAUCACCUCACUUGCUUUCUCUCCUGAUGGAUUAAAUAUUGCUUUUAGCAGUAUCAAUGAUAGUUCUAUCCAUAUUUUGAACUGUGAAAGCAGAAGUGAAGUGCUCCUACCCUUUUUAGGGAAUGUGGGCACUAUUAAUGCUGUCACCUAUAUGUCGGAUGGAAGGGUGGCCAUGGUUGGAGACACUGAUCGAUGUGUUGAUAUACAUAUCUGGGAUAUUGAAACUGGAGAUUUCCAUGAUAUCCUUUCCUCACGCCACUCGCCCACUGCUUUAGCACUUUCACCCAAUGGGCGGACUGUUCUCACCAGCUUUUUGGAAGAUCCCAUUCGCUGUACAUUGGAUGUAUAUGAUGAUGGAACAUCUUACAUAUCUUUAGCAGAGGAUUCAAGGGGGGCUUCUUGCCUAGAAUUUUCUCCUGAUGGGAAAACAGCCAUUUCCAGUGCUGGAUUUGGAGAGCAUGUUAUCCGGCGAUGGGACAUUGAUGGGGGUGGUGAGGAGAUAAUGCCAUCUCUAGCGGGUCACACAGAUAUAAUCACACUUUUUAAGUUCUCUCCAGAUGGAAGGACGAUUGUGUCCUGCUCUCGAGACAAGACAGUACGUGUCUGGGAUGCUACUAGUGGCACGAUCCGUAAUGUAUUCCCUUGGCACAGAGGAUAUGUCCAUGCUGUUGCCUUUUCUCCUGAUAGUCAGAGGGUUGCAUCAGGCUCAGAAGAUGGCACUAUCAGAAUCUGGGAUGUUAAAUGUGACAAUGAUGUGGUGACAGGUCCAUCAUCAGGGACCAGCACUCCUGCUUUGAAGGAUACUACAGAUAUGCCUCCUGCCUCUCCCUUUUUAUCAUGGCUCCACAGUGAUAUCUCUAAGCCACUUACUACGGCAUCAGCAUGGGUUGUGGAUCAAGAUGGGAAGCUUCUGUUCUGGCUUCCUCAUUAUCUGCGCGACAGCAUAUGCUGGCCAGGGUGUCAAGCUAUUCUCAACCGACCAAACAACUAUACAAUCGAUUUCAGUCGUUUCAAAUAUGGUACAGCCUGGACUGAGUGUUAUACUCCCAAAUCUACUUAG